CGUCCUUCUGCGCACCCACCGCCCGUACCGGAGGCUGCAGCUUAAGGAGGUGGAUUCCCCAACCUGCGGAGGAGCUGCAACGCCCACCCCGGAGUUGGGGCCGGCUCCCAGCGGAGGCCGGUAGGGGCAGGUCAGCAUGGCCGAGACCCUGGAGUUCAACGAUGUCUAUCAGGAGGUGAAAGGCUCCAUGAAUGAUGGUCGGUUGAGGUUGAGCCGCCAGGGCAUCAUCUUCAAGAACAGCAAGACAGGCAAGGUGGACAACAUCCAGGCCGGGGAGUUGACGGAAGGCAUCUGGCGCCGCGUCGCUCUGGGCCACGGACUCAAACUCCUCACGAAAAACGGCCACGUCUACAAGUAUGAUGGCUUCCGAGAGUCGGAGUUUGAGAAGCUCUGUGAUUUCUUCAAAACUCACUAUCGCCUGGAGCUCGUGGAGAAGGACCUGUGUGUGAAGGGCUGGAACUGGGGAACGGUGAAGUUUGGUGGGCAGCUGCUUUCCUUCGACAUUGGGGACCAGCCGGUCUUUGAGAUCCCCCUUAGCAACGUGUCCCAGUGCACCACGGGCAAGAACGAGGUGACGCUGGAGUUCCACCAGAACGAUGACGCCGAGGUCUCGCUCAUGGAGGUGCGCUUCUACGUGCCCCCCACCCAGGAGGACGGCGUGGACCCCGUGGAGGCCUUUGCCCAGAAUGUGCUGUCAAAGGCAGAUGUGAUCCAGGCCACGGGAGACGCCAUCUGCAUCUUCCGGGAGCUGCAGUGCCUGACUCCCCGAGGCCGUUACGACAUCCGCAUCUACCCCACCUUUCUGCACCUGCACGGCAAGACUUUCGACUACAAGAUCCCCUACACCACAGUGCUGCGUCUCUUUCUGCUGCCCCACAAGGAUCAGCGGCAGAUGUUCUUCGUGAUCAGCUUGGACCCCCCCAUCAAGCAGGGUCAGACCCGCUACCACUUUCUGAUUCUUCUCUUCUCCAAAGACGAAGACAUCUCCUUGACGCUUAACAUGAACGAGGAGGAGGUGGAGAAGCGUUUCGAGGGACGGCUCACCAAGAACAUGUCGGGGUCUCUCUAUGAGAUGGUCAGCCGGGUCAUGAAAGCGCUGGUGAACCGCAAGAUCACGGUCCCGGGCAACUUCCAAGGGCACUCAGGCGCCCAGUGCAUCACCUGCUCUUACAAGGCGAGCUCAGGCCUCCUGUACCCGCUGGAGCGGGGCUUCAUCUACGUCCACAAACCUCCCGUGCACAUCCGCUUCGACGAGAUCUCCUUCGUCAACUUCGCCCGGGGCACCACCACCACGCGCUCCUUUGACUUUGAGAUCGAGACGAAGCAGGGCACGCAGUACACCUUUAGCAGCAUUGAGAGGGAGGAGUACGGGAAGCUGUUUGACUUCGUCAACGCCAAGAAGCUCAACAUCAAAAACCGAGGCUUGAAAGAGGGCAUGAACCCGACCUACGACGAGUACGCCGACUCCGACGAAGACCAGCAUGACGCCUAUUUGGAGCGGAUGAAAGAGGAGGGCAAGAUUCGGGAAGAAAACGCCAACGACAGCAGCGAUGACUCCGGAGAAGAGACCGAUGAGUCAUUCAAUCCAGGUGAAGAGGAGGAAGACGUGGCCGAGGAGUUUGACAGCAACGCCUCGGCCAGCUCCUCCAGUAACGAGGGCGACAGUGACCGUGACGAGAAGAAACGGAAACAGCUGAAAAAGGCCAAGAUGAACAAAGAUCGCAAGAGCCGCAAGAAGCCCGCGGAGACGAAGAAGGGCAAAGAUCCCAAUGCCCCCAAGAGGCCCAUGUCUGCGUACAUGUUGUGGCUCAACGCCAGCCGAGAGAAGAUCAAGUCAGACCACCCCGGUAUUAGCAUCACCGACCUCUCCAAGAAGGCUGGCGAGAUCUGGAAGGGCAUGUCCAAGGAGAAGAAAGAGGAGUGGGAUCGCAAGGCCGAAGAUGCCAGGAGGGAGUAUGAAAAGGCCAUGAAGGAGUAUGAAGGGGGCCGGGGCGAGUCUUCUAAGAGGGACAAGUCCAAGAAGAAGAAGAAAGUGAAGGUAAAGAUGGAAAAGAAAUCAACGCCCUCCCGGGGCUCCUCGUCCAAGUCUUCGUCAAGGCAGCUAAGCGAAAGCUUCAAGAGCAAAGAGUUCGUGUCCAGUGAUGAGAGCUCGUCAGAAGAAAACAAGAGCAAAAAGAAGAGAAGGCAGAGUGAGGACUCGGAGGAGGAGGAACUGGCCAGCUCGCCACCCAGCUCGGAAGACUCGGCAUCCGGAUCCGAUGAGUAGAGAGGAGGAACAUUCCCGUCUCCGUCGUCGCUUGCCCGGUCCCCCCUCCUCCAAGUCUCCCCACUCAUGCUUUGGUACCAGUGUCUCAUGCAGUGUAGCCCUCGGAUUCUGUGCCACCCGAGCUAGGUCGCCUGGCGGCGCGCAUCCUCGGGGACUGCGAGGGAGGGGCUCCCUCCGCCCGGCCGCCAGGACGACUCUGAUGUGUGGGGAGAUUGGGUGGGAGGCAGAGCCGGACAGGAUCCACAGCCUCGUCCAGUCCCCCGACCUUACGGACGGCUGCUGCUUGUCCUGUGUGCCGCUUGUCCUGUUCAAGUUGCUGCAGCAGGGGGUCAUGUGAGGUCAGACCCAACGCUCCUAAGGGUG